AAUCAGGUGCUUUGUGGGCGGGACAUGGACCUGUUCCGCAAAACUGUCUCGUCCAAACUGAACCUUUGUGACUGUUUUGAUUGUGGACGUGAAUCCAGUCGGAGCCGAUUCAUAGUUGUUUAGGGAAACGCUUCUGAGGUCGUAUUUCUUCUCUGUUUGCGUCACAAUUCACUUAAGUCUCCAAACGAACUCGCUGAAGUUAUUAGAUGAUAAUAGUCAGCUAAGUUAGCGAAGCUAACCACCUAGCUUGAAGCAUGCCGAAUUUUUGCGCGGCCCCAAACUGUACACGGAAGAGCACUCAGUCCGAUCUGGCUUUCUUUCGGUUUCCACGGGACCCUGAGAGAUGCCGAAUCUGGGUAGAGAACUGCCGCAGAGCAGACCUAGAAGCGAAAACAUCGGACCAGUUGAACAAGCACUACAGAUUAUGUGCCAAACACUUUGACCCAGCGAUGGUGUGCAAAACGAGCCCCUAUAGGACUGUGUUGAAGGAUACAGCCAUUCCAACCAUAUUUGAUCUGACAAGCCAUCUAAAAAAUCCUCACACCAGACAUCGCAAGCGGAUUAAAGAACUUACUGAAGAAGAUUUGAGGAAGAUUAAGGAGAGGAGAUUGGCGUCUUCUAAUGACCAGCUUGGUUCCAAAAAAGAUGCAACAGUUGAGGACAGCACAAGCACCACUGAGGAUGAACCUCAACUGUCCACCGAGGAAAAGGAGCUUCGUGAAUACCUACGGUCGUUGUUUGAGGUUGUGGUCAUAUUAGGAAAACAGAGUAUCCCAUUAGUGGUUGGCAAAGCAUCUGAAGCUGAAUACAUGUCAAACAACUUCCAGGCACUUCUCGAUUACCGCAUGAAUGCCGGCGAUGAAGCUUUGAAAAAGAAAUUCCAGGCGACAGCUGUGAACACAGAAUACGUCUCUGCAACCCAGCAGAACCAGCUAUUGGACAUCUGUGAGAACACAGUGAGAGAGGAGAUGCUAAUGGAGGUGAGGGAGAGCCGCUUCUUCUCCCUAGUGACAGGUGACCUUGUUGAAUUUGCCAACGAGAAGCACCUGCCUUUAUUUUUACACUUUGUGAAUCAGCACAAUGUCCUCAGAGAAGAGUUUUUGGACUUUAUGUCUUUUGAUGGUGAUGAGUCUGCACUAGUAGAGCGGCUGGAGGCCCAGCUGACCGACCGCUGGGGGCUCAGCAUGGAGGACUGCCGUGGUCAGGCCCACAAGGCCACCGGGACUUCUACCACCAAGAUGAAGGCUGUGGCAGUAUUGCUGAUGGAGAAGUAUCCUCUGGCAUUGCACAUGCCUUGCUCUCAUAUGGCACUGAACAUCCACCUGGCCAACAGUCUGCCUUUUCCCAAUGUCCAGGUCGUCAUGGAGACUUUGAGAAGGGUUGGCGCGUUCUUUAGAACCCCGUUUACACAGGAUGAGCUUGAAAAGGCUAUCUCUACUCACUACCAGAAAAACGAAGAGAAAGGAGCCACACUCAAACUAGCCUGUGGCUCGGGGUGGACGGAGCAGCACAAUGUCUUUGACGUGCUGCUAGAUAUGUUGCCGCCCCUGCUGCUGUGCAUGGACAACAUCCGGGACAAUGAUGAUGGGAAGUUUGCUGACACCGUUGCGGCAAAUGCGUAUUCAGUCACAGAAACUCUGUCUGACUUUGAGAUCGUUGUCACCGUUGUCAUCCUAAAGAACGUUCUCACAUUCACCAGAGCCUUUGGGAGGAAUCUCCAAGGGGAAACACUUGAUGUGUUUUUUGCUGCCAACAGCCUAACUGCUGUCCUACAUUCACUAAAUGAGGUCAACGAUAACAUCGAUGUCUACCAUGAGUUCUGGUACGAGGAGGCAGUCACUGUGGCCAAUGUAAUGGAGAUUCCUGUGAAGGUGCCGCGGUUGUUUCUAAGGAAACAGCGUGCAGCUGAUGUCGGUGAAAUCCAAGCAGAGGCAUAUUUUAAGGAGUAUGUCACUGUCCCCGUUAUCCAUGGCAUUAUGCAGGAGGUGGAGGACAUGUUCUCUGAGACCAACCUCAAAGCUCUGAAGUGCCUGUCACUGGUUCCAGCGGUCAUGGGGCAAAUGAAGUUCAACACCACCGAGGAGAACUACGCAGAUGUGUACCGCAACGACCUCCCCAGCCCAGACACACUUCUUGCAGAGCUCCACUGCUGGAGAAUCAAGUGGAAGCACCGGGGCAAAGAGGUGCGCCUGCCCACCACCAUCCAUGAAACCCUUCAGCUGCCAGAUGUCAAGUUCUUUCCCAACGUGGACUCUUUCCUCAAGGUGCUGUCUGCCUUGCCAGUGCUGAAACUAGAGGACAACAAAAGUGACAAGGCGAGUGACCGGCUGCAGGCUUAUCUUGACAGCGUGCCCGCUACGCAUUGGAACAAAAGUCUGGCGAUGCUUAACAUUAACACCCACGUCAAACAUGACUUGGAUGUCAUGGUAGACAAAUAUUGCAGACUCUAUCCUGAGGACGAUCCUGAAGCUGAGGCUGAUGCUGAGGAAGUGGCUGAGGAAGAAGCUCCGACGAAAUGAUUUGACACAACACCGAGCUCGCUCAGCUGUUGAAACAGAUAUACGCUGCCAGUCAUAAACACAUCCUUAUUUGGUCGCUCAUUUAUGUUUUUGUGUAUGUGCACAGGGACAACUAUUGAUUUUAAUGAAUUUGUUCAGUCCCUGGU